AUGUCCAUGCCAGCCCACCCAAAUAGAAGCCUCUCAGCAGUGUCGGUCCAAGGGUUCAUUCUGGUGGGAUUUGGGGGAAAUACAAGUGUCCAGGCCCUGCUCUUUACUGUCUUCCUGGCUUUGUACUCAGUGACUGUCCUGGGAAACGUCACCAUGAUUGUGCUCAUCACCCUGGAUGCCCACCUGCACUCCCCCAUGUACUUCUUCCUCAAGAACCUGUCCUUUGUCGACCUGUGCCUCUCUUCUGUUAUUGUGCCUAAUGCCCUGGCCAACAUCUUCUCUUCUUCCAAGGCCAUCAGCUUUGCAGGAUGUACUACCCAGUUCUUUUUCUUCUCCCUGUUGGCUGCCACUGAGGCCAUCCUCUUAGCUGUGAUGGCCUAUGACCGUUUCAUGGCCAUCUGCAGUCCCCUGAGGUACCCUGUAACCAUGUGCCCUAUGACCUGUGCCCGUCUGGUUCUGGGUACCUACUGUGUGGGCUGCCUGAACUCCAUCGUGCAGACCAGCCUCACAUUCCAGCUGCCCUUCUGCAGCUCCAACCACAUCGAUUACUUCUUCUGUGACGUGCCCCCGCUGCUCCGGCUUGCCUGUGCCAGCACAGCUCUCAAUGAGCUCAUCAUGUUUGGCAUCUGUGGGUUCAUCAUUGUGUGUGCUGUUUUUGUGGUUGUCGUCUCUUAUGGCUACAUCACAGUGACCAUCCUCAGGAUGCGCUCAGGGUCAGGGCGACACAAGGUCUUCUCCACCUGUGGCUCCCACAUGACAGCCGUGUCCUUGUUUUAUGGAACUGGCUUUGUUAUAUAUGGCCAGCCAGGAGGUGUGGCUUCCAUGGAACAGGGCAAGGUGGUCUCCAUUUUUUACACCCUGGUCAUCCCCAUGUUCAACCCUCUCAUCUACAGUCUGCGCAACAAGGAUGUGAAGGAUGCCCUGAGGAGGCUGGGACAGAAGCACAGUCUGGUGAAAGAGAGUGGCUGGUGUCAUCACCGUCAAGAACCACCCUAG